UGCCCUGUUCUCACUAGGUUAAAGGCUGUGAGGCCUUAAUCUACAGUCGUUCUUACACUCAUUGGCAUUUCUGAGCUGGUGUGAUCAUGAGCUGCCGUUCCAGUUUUGUCAAUCAUUAAUGAGGAAACCUGUGAAGAGCCUCAAUCCUGUCCUUCAAUCUUCCAUCUUGAGACGCACCAUGACCUGGCUGAUGGUUCCACUGCUCCUGCUCAUGCUUCAGAUGAUCUGCACACCAUCUCAAGCUCAGGAACAAAGCUCUCUGCGCUUUGUUGCCAUUGGAGACUGGGGCGGCCUUCCUACAGCUCCCUUCUACACACUGCAGGAGAUGAAAAUAGCUAAAGAACUAGGAAGCGUGGCUGAAAGCCAGGGCCUGGACUUUGUCCUCAGCUUGGGAGAUCAUUUCUACUACAGUGGCGUCACGGACGUAAAGGAUACUCGCUUCAAGACUACGUUUGAGAAUGUGUUUUCUCAUCCAGCUCUGGAUCCUGUACCUUGGUAUUUGGUAGCAGGAAAUCAUGAUCACCGGGGAAAUGUGUCUGCUCAGAUUGCUUACUCAGCCCUGUCUAAGAGGUGGCAUUACCCUGAUCCCUACUACCAGCUGCAGUUCAAGAUUCCUCACACCAAUGUCUCGAUGACGGUGCUGAUGAUUGACACAGUGGUUCUUUGUGGAAACACUUAUGAUGAACUCCAACCGCAAGGCCCAGAGGACCCCACUGCUGCUGACCGUCAGCUGGAGUGGAUUGAGAAGAUGCUUCAAAGCACCAAGUCAGACUUUGUGCUUGUGGCCGGACACUACCCUGUCUGGUCGAUUGGACACCAUGGUCCAACUCGCUGUCUGGUGAAGCAGCUGAGGCCCCUGCUAAAGAAAUAUAAUGUCACUUUAUUUAUGAGUGGUCAUGACCACAGCUUGCAGUUUAUUCGGGAGGAAGACGGGAGCCCAUACGUGGUCAGCGGAAGUGGGAAUUUCCUGGACAUGUCCACUGUUCACUCAAAGACAUUCCCAGCAUCUUGGCAACUGUUUUCCAGUGCUAUGAAUCACACUGCAGGAGGCUUUGUGUAUUUUGAAGUUACAGAGAGUAAGAUGUUUAUAAAUUACAUUCAGUUAGAUGGUAAGUGUGUUUAUCAGGCCACUCUGCCUAAACGGAGUUUAUGAUACACUGAUGGAGACCAGUAGGCUAGGUAAGAUUGAAAUGUUUUCUCAUGUUAAAGAGGAACUUAUUUCUCAAUCCUUUUUUUCCACAUAAAAUUAGAAAGAUUACAUAAUUAUUUUCUCGGCUUUUUAUCUAUAAUGAUUAAAUUCUAUCUGUGUAAGUUAAUUGAUUUAUUAAGUUAAAAUGUUUUUUAAUGACUGCAUCUUCAUUUUCUGAAGUGGCUGUGAAGGCCUAUGGAAAACAAAAAUACAACUUUUACAUUGUGAUGUGAUGCAUUAUCAUGCUUUAAGUAAUAAUUUAAAAAUGGGAGAAUUGUGACCAUGAAGGGAUGCAAUUAUGACGUGGCAUAAUGUGAUAAUUUAUUGUUAAUAACUAGAUCUAAUGAUGCUCAGAAACAUUCCUCACACCUUAAAAACACCUUGACAAGUCUGGACUGUUUACAUAAAGCAGGCUGGUUCAAGAAUUCAUGCUUUUAUUGCCAAUUCCUGACUCUAGCAUCUGUGCGCCAUUUGAUAAAUCAAGAUUAAUCAGACUAGGCUAUAUUUUUCCAGUUUUCAACUGUCCGGGGUAUACCCACUGCAGCCUUAGCUUUCUGUUCUUGGACUUAACUUGGUAUUCUGCUGUAGUAUUUGUCAAGAUAUUAGUGUUUAGAAUUAAGUAAGAAAAUAUUGCCUGAAUCUGCAGAAAGGUGGAACUAAGUCUAUCCAAAAAUAGAUAUUUUUAUAGAAUAGAACUGACACAAAUUAAGGAACUGUUUCAGACUUCUCUGCCAUCAUAUAUGUUAAUAGAGACAGUUGUGUUCAGUUUUAUACAUUUUAUGUCCUAUGUGUCUUUGUAUUUCAGUGUUUUCAGACACUUCCACUACAGACAGACGGGGGCGAUAUUGCAAUAUUUAUGAUUUGUCUCAAGCUUUUGUGAUGUUUUAUAUGAUUUAGGAAGCAGGACAAGCAUAAGGAUAAACAUCCAUGCACAAAUAUAACAUACACACAUAAACAAGCACACACCCAAAUGAAUAUACACAAUUUAUUUGAAAAAGUAACGAUCAGACAACUUUUGUACCAUUUCCACAGAUUCACAUGUAUAAAAAAGUAAUGAAGUCAUUUUGUUUUGUACUGUCUGUAUCGUUAUCAUGAUUAGUCAUGGGUAAUUCUUCUGUCCAGUUUCUUAUCAUACCAUUUCAGUCUUUAUCUUACUGAAAAUUAUACAUCUAUUUCUAUACAACUGUAGAACCAUAAAUACGAUUUUAAAAACUAAUAUACAGAUAUUUCUUUAUAAAAGCUAAAAAAAUAAAUUAGUGCCUUGGCAAAAUAAACAUCUGUUAUCCAAAAA